CAGAUGUGCAGUGACGGUGUUCGAGACGGCCGGUCCGUCUGAAGUAAUUUGUUAACUCUGUACGAAGUUACUUGGUGACUGUGAUCUCUAAACUUACUGCUGAACGUACAACGAAUCACAACGGCCAUUAUGGAUCCUCCGUCGAAUAAAACAAGGCAACCAUUGACGAACGUUUCCAACAACGUUAGUCAACGUUUACAGAAACACAGCGCAGCAUCCACCGAACAAUCGGAAUUAUCGCGUAAGCACUCUGCUCCAGCUUACUGCGAUACUUUUUUUGUUUAUAAGAAGUGUUACGGGCAGCAUUUUAGCAACGAAGAAGAUCCUUUCGACCGACUUUCCGAUGAGGUCAUCCUGCAAAUAUUCAAGUGGCUCCCGAAAAAAUCUCUUCUUGCCUGCGGUGAAGUGAACCACCGGUUCAAUCGCGUGUCCAAGGACGAGACACUGUGGGUACGGCUAGACCUGUCUUGCCGUCGAAUAAAGACUGAUGCUUUGAGCGAUAUUCUCAACCGUGGCAUUGUGGUGCUACGGAUGUCACAAGCGUCCAUUGCUAGGCCUGACAACAUGUCCGAUGCCGAAUUUUCACAUCGCACCAAGUUACAGUACCUGGAUCUAAGCAUGUGCACGGUUGAUAAGGAUGUUUUGUGUGCCCUGCUGGCGAGCUGCCGGUCACUCAUCAAGCUUAGUUUGGAGAACGUUCCUCUGAACGAACAGAUCUGUGCCGAAAUAGCCGCUAAUCCCACGCUGGAAUCACUAAAUCUCACCAUGUGUUCUGGCAUUAGCGCCACUGGGAUGCGAACGAUAGCGAAGGGAUUGACAAAAUUGCAGAGUUUGAACGUUGGAUGGGCCUACCUUUCCUCGGAGGCAGUUACCGAGUUGGUUCACAAUCUGACACCGCACAUACUCCGUCUCAACCUUGCUGGAUGCCGCAGUACAUUGGGGAAUGAAGGAUUAGCGGUGCUAGUGAAAAGAUGCCCAAGGCUGCUAGAGCUUGAUCUCUCUGAUUGCACGCAACUGAAUUCAGAAGCCAUUCAGCUAGUUUGCCGACUACGAAAGUUGGAAUAUUUAUCUCUCUCUAGGUGUUACAAUAUAAACGUUACCUCAUAUUUGAGUUUGACUGAUCUUCGUUCGCUGUUGUUCUUAGACUUGUUUGGUCUAAUGUCCGACAAUGCCAUCGCAACAUUGCAGCAUUCCUUUGCCGGUGUUGGUAUCAAUAAGUUUUAUCAUAGCUCCGUCGCACGACCCACUGUCGGCACUAGAAGAACUUCCAUCUGGGGCAUUCGAACUAGAGAAUGAACACGGAAGAACGUAGACCGAGUAUGUUUAAAGUGCACUAGCACCAACUAAGAGUUAUCGAAACUUAAAUUAUGAAAAAGUAAUAAACAUCUAUAAAACUGAGCAAGAAAUGCAAUAAUCUUUUCAACAGUAUUUUUCGAAAAUUAUAUA